GCUGAAGGAGUGAGGAAUUCUGAAUUGAUUGCGGUGUUUCAACGCAGUCAAAGAGUUGGAUUAUGAUACGGAGGGAGGAGCAAACGUAGCUCAGAAGAGUUACGAGGGAACGGAGGAGGAGGUGAAGGAGGAGUUCGAGGAAGGUAUUUGAAAAAGCGUGUGAGUGAGUGAGUUAGUGAGAGAGUGAGUGAGAGAGAGAGAAGAAGAAGAAGAAGAAGAAGGGAAAAGGCAAGGUACAGAUUGACAGUGGAUUGGCGGCGGACCUGUGGGAGGAUGAUACGAGGGCGAAUUCCAUAACGUGACAGUUCAGUCACUUAUCCUUGUUGAGUGUCUGCCGACGAUUGAUCGCUGUUUUUUGACCUGGAGGGCAAUACCAUGGCGGACUCAGCCGACGAUUCCUCAGUUACAACAUCGGCAGAUCCGGUCCCAAGUAGUACUGCUUCAGUUCCGGCACCGAACGAUGUGAGUCCAGCGAAAGAUGUGAGUCCAGCAGAGACUCCAAGUAGUACUGCUUCAGUUCCGGCACCGAAAGAUGUGAGUCCAGCGAAAGAUGUGAGUCCAGCAGAGACUCCUUCAAAGACGGACAAAUCCGAGAUGCCCACUAAACCUAAGUGGGGGGAUGAUGAUUAUGGAGAUGGAGACUUGUCAUUGCCUCCCCUUGCUGGUCUAAAAGUUGACGAUGAUGCUGGGGACGUAGAUCGCCCAGAAGUGGUCUUGAAAUCUGACAAGUUAGAUGAAUCUAUUGAGUUCCCUGAAACGGAGAUAAAAAAGGUUACUGCCGACGACACCCCGUAUUCUUCAGCCAAGACUUUUGAGGACCUAAACCUUUCCCAAGCCCUGCUUCAGGGUUUGUAUUCGGAAAUGAAGUUUGAAAAGCCUAGUCGAAUCCAGGCGGAGACUUUGCCGAUGAUUUUGAUGCCCCCGUAUCGAAAUUUAAUUGCGCAAGCGCACAAUGGAUCAGGGAAGACUACUUGUUUUGUGUUGGGAAUGUUGAGCCGAGUCGAUGCAAGCGCCAAGUAUCCUCAGGCAUUAUGUGUGUGUCCGACGCGCGAAUUGGUCAUCCAGAACGAAGAAGUUUUACUGAAAAUGGGGAAGCACACUGGUAUAACUUGCGCCAGCACAGCUGCAAUUUCUGAGUCCACCUCUGUAUCAGCUUCUAGACGAAGCCAAAUAACUGACCAAAUUAUCAUUGGUACACCUGGUACGCUUAAGCGGUGGAUGACCAGGGACAAGAUUUUGAACACCAGGGGUAUCAAAAUUCUUGUAUUUGAUGAAGCCGACCACAUGCUGGAUCAGGAUGGUUUCCAAGACGAUUCCAUGAGAAUUAUCAGGGAUAUUAAGCAAGCUAAAGCAAGUUGUCAAAUUUUGCUCUUUUCAGCGACAUUUAGUGAGAAAGUUAAGGCAUUUGCGGAGAAGACCAUUCCUACACCGAACCACAUCUUCGUCCCAAAGGAGUCCCUCUCCCUAGAUGUUAUCAAACAAUAUAGAGUGAGGUGUCCAGACGUUGACUCCAAAGUGUCUGUUCUCAAGGACAGAAUAUUCCCCGCAGCAGAAAAAUUAGGGCAAUCAAUUAUAUUCGCCCGUACUCGUCAAAGUGCCAGCGACUUGCAUAGAAAACUCGAACAGGAUGGCCAUAAAUGCACCAGCAUCCAGGGUGGACUAUCGCACGAAGACCGAGAUCGGGUGAUAAAGGAGUUUAGAUCAGGAGAGACUAAGAUUCUGAUCGCGACCGAUUUGCUAGCCCGUGGAUUUGAUCAAGCGCAGGUGACAUUGGUUGUAAACUACGACAUUCCAAUCAAGAACACAUAUCCAUUCGAUCCUGAUUUUGAGCUAUACUUGCACAGGAUCGGUAGAAGUGGACGAUUCGGCCGCAAAGGUGCUGCAUUCAAUCUCAUGUCGAAUGAGAAGGAUGAAAAGAAUGUCGAUCGAAUUGAAACGCAUUUUAAAAGAGUCAUCCCUGAGGUACCUUGGGAUGAUGAUGAUGCUUUUGAGACAAUUCUGAAGGAUGCCGGUCUAGCUUAGAUGGAACCCAUCAGACGGUGUGUCAAGGACACGCAUGAACAACGAACAUUUCCACUUUCUCGUCACUCGUUCCUGUCUGCUAGUGGCAGGCACAUGGAUUGUAUAUUUGAUAUGUUAAUGGUCUUCAGGCCUCAGCAGAUCUAUUGGGCAUUUGUAGUUAUCUUCAGUGUUGACGUCUAUGUCACACUUAAAGUUUCUGUGAGACCGAAAUAGUCGAGCGUCUUUCAACCAACUCCCCAGCUUGUCUGCCCCUAAAGCUGUUUUGUUGCCCUCGCUGGGAUGGAACGACGUCGAUGGUGUCAAAUCGAAAUUGGCAGUUGAGUUGGGCACUUAUGCAGUACAAAUUUGGUGUCGCUGCUCCUUUUUGUAGUGUUUUUGCUAGGUUAACCGAGAAGAUGAUCGGACACAUAGUGACUUUACAUUGAGUUUGAUCUCCAAGUAUCACACGAUGUCAGACUAUGAUUCAACGUGUUGACUUCUGACUUGAAUUUGCGGAGGUUAUUUCCUCGAGUCAUAAAUCAGAUUCCUGAGUUUUAUGAGUUUGUUGGGGAACGUGUCGCAAUCUUGUCCUUGGGAAUUUGAGCAACUCUUCAGGCUUCAGGCUCUUAGUUUCCCAUUCAUCGUGUUCUUCUUAAGCUCGAUGAGUUAUCGAGCACCGAAACGUCAUUUAGUGAGAAAAUUUCACUAAGUGUAUCUUUGAUCGUCUCAAUUUUGACUUUAUUAUCAUUGAGGAUGUUUCUACGAUAUGUUUAAUACUCGUUACCACUUUCGUUAUAAUGCUCUCCCACCUGUUGUGGCCAAAAAUUUUCAAGCUGAAUUGCCCAAAUGCCGUUGUUUACCGCAUUCGUGCUUUCACAUCC